AAAAUUGAAAAUCUGCCUCUCACAAACACAAAAUCAAGACGGCCACCGUCGCCAGCGACAAAGCAAAUCAACGACACACCCUUUCUCUCUGCUCCUUCUCUUUCUCUUUCACUUCUCUCCUCAAUCCGUACGCUCAGAUUCUUCCCUUUGUUCCCCGCCGCCGAUGCCACACGCUUUACCCUCCUCCUCUUCACCCUCUCCCUCUCCCUCACCAUCAAUCACUUUCUCUUUCUCUUCUCUCCACACGAUCUGAAUACCACACCUUCCUCUUUCCUUUCAAAAUGGUGCUGGAAUUACUUUCCUCCAACACCUCUUGUCUUCCUCUCGACCUUCUCGUUCUCGAUGUAGUUAUGGCUUCCUUCAAUGGUCUUCUUGCUUUCGUCGCCUUCUCUCAGCUCAUCAGAAUUCACAUGCGGAGUCAACAAGAUGGAUGGACACGUCAAAAAGCACUCCAUCUGAUGAUAGGCUCAUCUAACUUGGGCUAUAUGAUCUAUUUCAUAUUUGCACUAGUUACUAUUAUUCAGCUCUGGCACUGCUGGUCUCAUGUGUUUGCAUUUGUCCUCAUGGCCUUCCCUAAAAUAUUAUUUCUUGCUGCUUUUCUCCUACUUCUGUCUUUCUGGGUCGACCUUUGCCACCAGGCAAAUGACGAAGAGGAUGACGAUGAUGAUGAAGAAAAUAACAUUCGACAGACCUUGUUAGAAAAUUCAAAAAAUAAACCUGGUUCAUCAAAUGUAGAUGGGCAUCGAAGAUGUUGUGGGUUUCCUGCUAUUCACCUUGGAAGUAGGCAAAAAAUUGUAAUUGUGGUUGUCAUGCUGGUAUUUUUACUCAUGGUCGCAGUUUCUAUUUUGAUCUGGAUUGGGGCAGGAAAAAAUCCUAUUGAUUCUACAGCUGUUGCCAGGGUGUAUGAAGACUUUCUUGCUAUUACAGUCCUCCUAUCAGGAGGAGCCCUAGGCUUCUAUGGAUUUAUGUUAUUUUACAGAUUGAAAAAAGUUCGUUCUGAGGAAGCUUCUUCAGAGAUGAAGAAGGUUGGUGGUCUAGCAGUUGUCUGUGUUGUAUGUUUUACAUCAAGUGCUUUGGUAGAUCUUCUUACGGAUAUUCCUCUUUCUUAUAAUUGGCGCUUCAAGAGAACAAAUGGAGUAGAGGCAUCGGUCAUUUUAAGUUUGUACUUCUGCAUGGGUUCUUUGAUUCCAUCAGCGUUUUUAUUGUGGAUUAUGAGAGAGUUGCCACCUCCUAAGAAAGUUCAAAGACAAGAAGAAUCGAGAGCAAUUGCAUUUAUAAGCCAUGGGGCAGCUGAUGCAAAUCCUCAGGGUUGGACUGCUGUAGCUCGUUCAAAGAAUCAGGGGUCGAGAGCAAGUCCGAUAUAAUGAAACAUGUAAGGACGCGAUUGAGUGAAAAAUUAUGAGCAGAGAUACAAAGUCUAACUUACGGGAUGAAAGAUGAGAGGUUUGACCAAGAGCUGUGACGCCUGUAUAUUUCAACAAAAGUUGAUGACUAACAUCACAUGUCAGAGUAAUCAAAGAAAUGCAGCCGCACAUAUAUAUAUAUACAUAUCUAUAUAUAUAUAUCGAGGUUUUUUUUUUUUUUCUUUCUUUUUUAAUUUCUUUAAAUUUAUUUUCCUUUGCCCUCCCCCUUCUUCUGCACAUAGUAGCCAAGGAUUGAUCGCUUUCUUUGAUUUUGGGGGGAAAAUGUUGUACAAUUUUUGCUUCCAUAGAAGCUUGAAAGUUUUGCAGAUUAUGUUGUAAAAUCACCCUUGUGUACUCAAACUAGUUGUUCUCAUGGAAACUGAUAUUACAAUGGUUAAGUUAUAAGGGUCACCGGUAACUACCAUUUUCUAAUUUAUGAAUGCCGAUCAAGUCUCUCUACAUGAAAA